CUAUAAGAUAGCUAUGGGGUCGUCUGUAUAGAGACAGAGACACAGAGGCUGAUCUUAUAGAGAGAGAAAAGCUCUUGGAGGUGUUCUUGGGCCGUGCUGAACCAGUGGCUGAAGUACUUGACGGAGAAGAGACAUAAGCGGGUAGCUUAGGAUCCUUCAGUAGUGUGUGUUAGGAAUUUAACACUGACGUGUAAAAUCUGAAUAAGCAGAUCUUGUAAUAGAUUGUUUAAGGGGAUUCUAAUAAAGCUUUGGUGUGCUUGUGUGAGUUGUCUCUUGUUGUAUCUUUUGCAUUACUUUAUUGUUGUGUUUUAUUGCACUAACAGAAGAAACAAAAGAGGUAAACAGUAUCUAAUUUUUUUUCAAGAUUAUACCACGUGAUUCUUAUUGUUUUUAAGUUGUAUGAGAAAAGUCUGACUGGAUCUUUUUGAUGUCUUCAAAUUGUUGGGACCGUCCAUGAUGAUAGAUACAUAGAAUUUCAAUAUAAAACAAACGAGUUUCUGCUGUGGAAUCAGGUCAACGGUGUGAAAAGCGUUAGUCAAAUAAAGUGGUCAUUGCUUACUUCUUUCCUCGCAUGUACGUCGAUAUGAACUCAAACUGAAACUUUUAAUAGUUAACAAACCAACUAAUGAUUCAACUAAACUCACGUAAAUGGUACAUAAACUUAUUAACAUAGCCCAUAGACUAUAACUUUUUUUUUUUUGCUCUUUUUAAACUCUAUAACAUGGAUGAACAAAAAUCAUCCAUGUUUUAACUUGAUGAUCAUUUGUAUCUAAAACUUGAUCCUAGAAUUUGAAUCUCUCCAUGGAAACCUCAGAUAUCCAAACUAAAGCCGAGAAUACAUAAUCACGAAAAGACUAAAUACAUGAACAUCGGAGAGAAGCAAAAGAAAACAUCGAAACGUGGUUAUGCACAAAUAUAAAACAGAAAAAAAAAAGGCUCUAUAACUCACUCCACCAUGGAUCGUAUUUUAAUGGAUCAAUUAUUUGAUCAAAUUUGUAAAAUAAUCAACCACCCAAGCAUAUUAAAACUAUUAUGAAUAGAAGAACUACAAUACAAAGUAGCAUUGCUGCAAUUGUUGAUUCUAUAUCUUCCGCCUAAUCCUCACCUACCACUCAAAUUAGUCAUUUGAUAGAAUCCCAUUAUAAGAAAGCGCAUAGACCUCUUGUCUUUCCGUCCAAACAUCCAUUAACAAAUCCACCAGUACUAGCUACCAGCAAUAUGGUGGCUGAGAGAGACCAAGACAUACCGUCUUCACGCAUACCCAUAAUUGACCUAAGCAAUCCCGAUCAAGAGCUAGUGGCGCGUGCGGUGGUGAAGGCGAGCGAAGAAUGGGGUGUUUUUCAGCUGAUAAAUCAUGGGAUCCCCACGGAGCUCAUUCAACGUUUGCAGAAUGUCGGUAGGCGAUUCUUCGAGCUUUCUGAAGGAGAAAAGAACGAAGUGGCGAAACUAGAUGACUCCCGUGAAGGAUACGCGAGGAGGUACGCAUUAGACCUAGAAAAGAGAAUAGGUACGGUUGAUCAACUCUUCCACAAUGUCUGGCCACCUUCGGCUGUGAAUUACUCAUAUUGGCCUAAGAAUCCUCAAGAUUACAGGGAAGUGAACGAGGAGUAUACAAGGCAGGUAAAGAUGCUAUCAGAGAAGAUUAUGGAAUGGUUGUCAGAGGGGUUAGGUUUACGUCGUGAGGCUAUUAACGAAGUUGUUGGCGGUGAGUAUCUGCUAAAUGUCAACUACUAUCCGCCGUGUCCACAUCCGGAUGUGAUCGAGGGAUUGGAUGCACACACCGAUAUUAGUGGGCUCACACUCCUCCUAACCAAUGAGAUUCCCGGACUUCAAGUGUUCAAGGACGAUCAAUGGAUCGACGUGGAGUACAUCCCAUUUGCUGUUAUAGUCAACAUCAGCGAUCAGAUUCUAAGGAUUAGCAACGGAAAGUACAAGAGUGUGUUGCAUAAAACGACCGUGGAUAAGGAGAAAACAAGAAUGUCUUGGGCGGUUCUGGUUAGGCCUACCAACGAUAUGGUCGUGGGACCUUUUACCGAGCUUAUCGGCAACGAUCCUCCCAAGUUUAAGUCCAUGGUCUACAAGGACUACAUAUACCGCAAGGUCCGAAACUUACCGUUCGUUGAUCUCGACUCAUGAUUAAAGUCAAAAAUCCGGUGAAUUACUUGUGUUUUUUUUUUGUUUUUGUUCACAACUACUUGUGUCCUUUUCUAAUAACUUCGUGUUUACUUUACACGUGGUCGUUGUAGUUGGUGUGGUAUGGUGUUUUAUGGUUUUUAGUGCUUAUUGUUUCUCAAAUCUCAAUUUGUAAUAUUUAAAAACUCUUGUUUAAAUAUUGCAGUCUUAACUCUUAAGAAAAAAUAAAUAAUUAUAAAUGGUAUAUAUGUGAUUUUAUUUUAGUAAAUUUCUUUUAUUUUCAAAUAAUUGGUAUAUUUUAAUAAUUAAUCUUUAACAAAUAUUUUAUUGAACUAUUUAUUGAAUCAAACCUUUUAAAUAUUUUAGCACAUCUUAGUGAAGACGAACCCAAUUGAACACUACAUAAGCCUUGUGUAGAUAUAAAAACCUGAUUUGAUGAUGAUGUCGUAACAUAAGUAAAAAUGUUAUUUUAAAAAACAUGUCAUAAAUCAUUUUUCAAAAAAAAAAA